AUGACAUUUGGUCUAACAAACGCUCCUGCCACCUUUCAACACUUCAUGAGUGAGCUGUUCAAAGAUCUACUGGAUGUAUGCAUCAUCAUUUACCUUGAUGAUAUCCUGAUUUAUUCAAAGGAUGAUGUAUCUCACACACAGCAUGUUCACAAAGUCCUACAGCGUUUAAUGGAGAACCAGUUGUUUUGCAAGGCUUCCAAAUGUACCUUCCACGUCACAUCAGUGGAAUACCUAGGGAUAAUUGUAUUGGACAAAGGCUUCAGCUUGGAUAAACUCAAAAUCCAAGCUGUUCAAGAGUGGCCAACCCCAACCAAAGUCAAAGAAGUCCAAUUGUUUCUAGGUCACAUGGCCAGGCCAUUACACAACCUGGUAAAGAAGGACACACCUUGGAGAUGGGACACUAGAGAACAAGAAGCCUUCAAAGGCUUGAAGGAAGCUAUCACCAACGCCCCGGUACUCUGCCACGCUGACCCAACCAAACCCUAUUUCCUAGAGACAGACGCCUCUGGUGCAGCCCUGGGUUCCAUACUUAGCCAACAACAGGAAGACGGUUGCUUACAUCCUCUGGGAUUCUUGUUGGAAUCAUUCAAAGGUGCCAAACAGAAUUACAACACCCACAACAAGGAACUCCUGGCAAUUCUCUGUUCACUUGAAUACUGGCAGAUCUUCCUGGAAGGGACCCUUCACCCCAUCACCGUGUUCACCAAUCACAGGAACCUAGAGUACUGGAAGGAGUCAAGAACGUUCAACCAUUGCCAUGCACAAUGGCACCUCCUACUAGCUGGGUACAACUUCCAAAUUGUGUACCGCCCUGGUAAACAGUCUGGAAAACCAGAUGCCUUAUCCCGCCAAUCCAAUCAUGCUGACAUUCCCCCUGACAAUCAGACCAUGUUACCCAACCCUAUAUGUGUCAAUGUAGCCGUAGUCAUGCCCAAAAAAGAGCUCCAGCGCCAGAUUGAGGCUGCCCUAGACCAAGACAAAUCCCUAGAGGAAAUCUUACAAUUCCUCCAAAAAAAGUCAAAGGCACCCCCAUCCAUCAAACAAGCAUUCAAGGAUUACAAAAUGGAGGCAGGUCUACUAUUCUAUCAAGGGAGAACUGUGGUCCUGGAUGUGGGAGCCUUACAAACAGAGUUACUAAGGAUCUACCAUGACAGCCCCUUGGCAGGACACCCUGGGGGACAACAAACCCUGGAACUGUUAUCAUGCACCUACUACUGGCCAGGCAUCUGCGCCAACACAUAUUGGCAUGUUGACUCUUGUGAAACUUGCCAACAGAUUCAAAAGCCAAAGUACUCUCCCAUACCGCCUCAACCCCUUGAGCUCCCUACCAGACCAUGGCAACAUAUAUCUUACAAUAUGAUAGUAGAUUUGCCCAAAGACAGUAACAACAACUCUAUCCUAGUCAUUCUGGAUAGUUUCACCAAAUACAUCAUCUUGGUGGAAUGCUUGAAAAAGCUCAAGGCUCCAGCACUGGCAGACCUAUUCCUACAGCACAUGUGGAAACGCUAUGGCAUGCCCAAAAAGACAGUCUUGGAUUGCGGAAGGGUCUUCAACAACAAAUUCCUCAGGGCAUUGUACCAGCAUCUGGGGAUAGACCUCCACUUCUCUUUGGCUUACCACCUGCAAAGCAAUGGAAAAAUGGAACAAAAGGACUGGGUCAAAUGGUUACCUAUGGCAGAAUUUGCCUAUAACAAUGCGGUACAUAGCAGCACUGGCAGAUAUCCAUUUAAGGCACUAUAUGGAUGGGAGCCUUCUCUGACCCUGAGCAACGUUCCAACAAAUGUCCCAGAGGCAGAUAACAUUGCCGCACAAAUAGAAGCACAAUGGCAGGAAAUCAAGGCUGCACUCUGGCAAUCCAAGACACAUAUGAUAGCCAGAGAAGCAGGAGAACCACUGGAAUUCAAAAUUGGAGAAGAGGCCUGGUUGGACGCCAGAAAUGUGAAACUGAAAACCCUGAGUCCAAAGUUAACCAAGCAACGCCUAGGUCCCUUUAAGAUAAUUGAGAAAAUCUCCAACCAAGCAUGCCGUCUAGAGCUCCCGCCAACCAUGAGGAUCCACAAUGUCUUUUAUGUGGGGCUACUGUCCAAAGUCAGGAGGGACAAGAAACGUACCUUCAAGAAUUGUCUGCCACCAGUCACUGUGGAUGGUGAGGAGGAAUACAAGGUUGAAGGCAUAACAGACGCUGAGGAAAGAGACAGGAAAUGGUACUUCUGGGUAAAAUGGAAGGGAUAUGGGUCCAAAGAGAACACAUGGGAACCUUGGGAGAACCUAAAACACGUGGAAAAAUUUUUGAAGAAGUAUGAAGAAGAAAUGAAGAAGAAGGCCCUUGGCGCUGCCAAGGCCCUUAAAGGGGGGCAGUGUUCCAUAAGCGCCUGCUGCCUUGAUGCCCCUCACGGACGUCUAGGACACAACCCUGCAAGGGGGACAAGUACUGGCCAACAGGCCACUUCUUCCCAAAAAUUAUCCAACAACCCCAAUUAUGUCUUGGAAGAAGAAAGGAACUGCUGCUGCGCUGCCGGCACUUGUAUCAAAUGCAGCAAAAUGGGCCACAAGUUUGCAGAAUGCUGCACCAGAUGGAAGGGCACCCCCAUUGAGGAGGGGGUCAAAAAAGAAGCUGCCAAAAUUGGCAAAGAGUCUGGACCCACUUUGGGAAAAGACUAA